GAAAUGUGAAGAAGUGUAAGCAGCUCCUUCAGAAAGCUGUGGAGUGUUCUGCUGUUCCACUAGAAAUGCUGGAAACUGCUCUACAAAACUUUCAUUUGCAAAAGAAGCAGUUGCUUUCAGAUGAGGAGAAAGAGAACUUAGCAGUGUCAGGUACACAAGAGUCUGGACUUCAGAGCAUAAUUGGAAAUUACAGAAGCACAAAAAGGAAUGAUUCUGGUGAAACUUCUACUGUUACAAGACUUUUUAUUGGGGAUGAGAAGUCACAGGAACUCGAUGCUGUAGUUAAUUACCCCAAUCCAUUAAGAGCACUGAACAAAUCUAACCAGGCCUGCCCCUUUGGGAGGGUACCUGUUAAACUAGUAACUGAUGCUGGUGAUGAUGUGGAGGAGACAGAUGUCCCACUUACAGCUAGUGCCAUGAAGAGGCAAAUUUCCAGCUCCAAAUGUACAGCCUUCAUUGCACCUUUUCCACCAUCAGAAUCAAAAUCUACUGGGAGCGAUUCAUACGACCUGGGAGACUUGCAGUCCUUACAAGAAAAAAAUUCUUUACGGUUGCAGAUGUUGGAUGAGAAUAGCUUAGAACUGGCUACCAAUACAACUGUAACUCUCAAAACCAAAAUGGAUACAAGUCUUGUGAUGAAAAGAGAAGAAAAAAAAGUCCAGCAUGAGGAGCUGAAGAUACCAGAGCCAAGGAGUCUGGAAAGUAAACAGCAGCAAUCUAGUUCUGGUGAAAGCUAUAGAAAGCAGUUGGAUAAGAUUAAACUGAACUGUGUUAGUGCCAGAAAAAAAUGGCCAGUUCAUGAAGCGAUACAGAAAAGUUGCUCUGCAGAGGGAAAACAAUCAAGCCUUGAGCAGUCUGGUCACCCUGUUUCAAAAGGAUUAUCACCUCCAGAUGCUGUUUCUAAGAGAAGUGACCCAUUGCAUGUCUGUGGAACACCGAGCGCCACAGACAAGGACUAUAUGGACUGUUUCAGAACACCAGUUGUAAAGAACAGCUUUCUACCAGGAUGUCAGAUUUCUACUCCUUACAGCCAGGUCCCGUAUUUCCUGCCACACACUCCAGCAACUCCAUUUCAAAAUCAAGUUGGCUUGCAGGUUCCAGCUUCUAUACCUUCACAUGAAUGUCUUGCCAUCAAAGGAAGAGUUUAUACAAUAUUAAAGCAAAUAGGCAGUGGAGGCUCCAGUAAGGUGUUUCAAGUACUGAAUGAAAAGAAGCAGCUGUAUGCUGUCAAGUAUGUGAAUCUAGAGGAAGCUGAUAAACAGACUGUUGAGAGCUACAAGAAUGAAAUUGCUCAUUUGAGUAGACUGCAAGAACAUAGUGAUAAGAUCAUCCGCCUUUAUGGCUAUGAAAUUACUGACCAUCAUAUCUACAUGGUAAUGGAGUGUGGAAAUAUUGAUCUCAAUAGCUGGCUUAAAAAGAAAAAAAGCAUUGAUCCAUUGGAAAGGAAGAGCUAUUGGAAAAAUAUGCUGGAAGCUGUUCACACAAUCCACGAAUAUGGCAUUAUUCACAGUGAUCUGAAACCAGCAAACUUUCUGAUAGUCGACGGAAUGUUAAAACUAAUUGACUUUGGCAUUGCAAACCAAAUGCAGCCAGAUGUGACCAGCAUCAUUAAAGAUUCUCAGGUUGGAACGAUGAAUUAUAUGCCACCUGAAGCAAUAAAAGAUAUGUCUUCCUAUGGAGAAAAUGGGAAAUCUCGUUCUAAGAUAAGUCCUAAAAGUGAUGUGUGGUCAUUGGGAUGCAUUUUAUACUGCAUGACUUACGGGAGGACUCCGUUUCAACACAUAACAAAUCCAAUUAAUAAACUGCAUGCUAUUGUUGAUCCUAGUUAUGAAAUAGAAUUUCCAGAUAUUGCUGAGAAGGAUCUUCAAGAUGUGCUAAAGCGCUGUUUAAUAAGAAAUCCUAAACAAAGAAUAUCUGUUUCGGAGUUGCUGGUACAUCCUUAUGUUCAAAUUCAAAGUAAUUGUCAAACAGGUGUUCCAAAUGCAAAAGGAACAACUGAGGAAAUGAAACGUAUCCUUGGCCAGCUUGUUGGCUUGAAUUCUCCCAACUCCAUUUCUAGAGCUGCGAGGACUUUAUAUGAACAGUGCAGCAGCGGUAAAAGUCUUGAUGUAUCAGCAUUUGCAAAACCUGGGAGUCAAAAAUCAUGGACAACAAAAUGAUGUACUACUGCUCAGGACGCAAGAUAGAUGUCUGGUCUGUUAAAAAAAUAUUUUGUGCUGCUAGCUUUUUAAAGGACACUCAGCGUAAAGUUCACCUUUUUUAAACGUUCUUUGUGUCUUCUGUGCUUGCAGAUCAUUAAAAAGAAUUUAAUUGAAUGCAUUUACUGUGAGCCUUUCACUCCUUGCAUGCCACUUGGAUCAAACAAUGAAAAUUGUUAGUUGGGUGAUUAUGGCCUUUGUUAGUUACAAAGCACUGCAAUAUUUGGAGUACAAAACUGUGU